AUGGCCGACUCAACCGAUCUCAACCUUGACGAUGCGCCCAGCGACCUUCAAGACAUUCCAGAACUGGCAAUGCAAUUGGUGCCCCCUCCGGAGGGGACAUACCCUGACAAAGCAUCUCUUCUCGCCGCAGUCCAAGACCAUGGCAAGGAACAUGGCUACAAUGUGGUUGUUAAGUCAUCAAGCACGCCUACAGAGAAGAAACCUGGCCGCACCGCCAAGGUGUGGCUGCGCUGUGAUCGUGGCGGCCACUAUCGGCCACGGAACGGUCUGACUGAGGAAACGCGCAAGCGUCGCAGAACCUCCCGUUUGAUGGAUUGUCCUUUCAUGCUCGUCGCAGCCGGCUCUCCAGGUAUCUGGACCCUGACGGUGCUGAAUGCGACGCACAACCAUGGUCCUAUUAUCGAGAAGCCGCGACAAGUGCCUCACCACAAGGUCCGCAAGGGCCAGCUACCAGCCAUCCCAUAUGAUUGGCCGCAUGAUGCUUCAUUCACCCCAUACACCACUGCGCUUGUGAUAAUUGACAUGCAAAAGGACUGCAAGUAUCUCCACAUACUACCGCUAUCAGUGUAUCAUCCAGCUGAUUCUCUUCUAGUCUGUUUGCCCGAAGGAUACAUGGGAUAUCAGGGUUAUGAUAUUUCUGGCGCGCAAGCUUUGAUUCCCCGCUUGCAAAGAUUGCUGCAUGCUUUCCGCUCUGGGGGCUUCCCGGUGUACCACACUCGCGAGGGACACCGACCCGAUCUAUCUACUCUCUCAAGUCGCGAGGCAUACCGGUCUCGUAAUAACGCAUCAGGCUUGGGUAUUGGUUCUCCCGGUCCCAUGGGCCGUCUGCUCAUCCGUGGUGAACUAGGCCACGAUACUGUUGACGAAUUGUAUCCUCUCGUUGGUGAGCCGGUCAUCGACAAGCCUGGCCGAGGUGCCUUUGCACACACCGAUUUUGAGCUCCUCCUUCGUAAUAAAGGCGUGAAAAAUCUCGUCAUUGCCGGUGUGACCACCGACGUCUGCGUCUCCACGACCAUGCGCGAAGCUAACGACCGUGGCUUCGACUGUGUCGUCUUGGAUGACGGCACUGCAGCCGCUGAGCCGUCGCUGCAUUUGGGCACUAUGCAAUCGAUUAAAAUGGAAGGCGGAAUCUUUGGAACUGUUGCCAAAUUGGAAGACGUCAUUCACGCUGUCGAUAAUUUCAAAACCGUCACCAUGAAGAAGCUGGCUCCUCAGAUGACCGUCUAA